CUUCGACAUGCCUCUAUAUAUACGUAAAAUCCCCAUUAUGUUUUUAAUGCUGGUGAACCUCACUAAAAGCCCUGCCGCCAUGCCGAAUACCCACAAGGCUCGCCCUUUGGUAUGGUAUGAUGGCCGACAGAAAAUUGGCGAAGGCGUUACAAUAACAGCGCACAUCCUGUACGACUCAAAAGAUUUCGCAGAACUAGUACCUGAGCAGAAGAUACCGAAAUAUUUCGACGAACUGUUUCAGAAGGUUAGAGAACUCUUCAACAAUAACACGAUCAUGAUAUCUAUUAAUAUUAUAGAAGCUACUUUGAAAACUGAUGUAGAAGUUAUAGAAUCUCGAAGGCACACUUUAGAGGGCAACGAAACCCUAAGGAAAUUACAGUCGUACGCUUCUACUACAGGCGUGUCAAAGGACAGUAUUGUUUAUCUUUUUACUCAGAAGACUCCCUACAAUAAAUACCAUCAUUUUGCCUUCGCUGGAGCUUUUACAGACUUCUCCACCAACGCAACUUUCUGCACUAAAACGACAAGCGCAGCAAUUAUCCAGCACACACCAGGAAGCGGGAGAUUUUGGCCUACCGUGAGGGCAACUGCACGCAUAUUUGGAACAAGAAACUUCUUCAGAUUUACCGAAGGCGACAUGAAAACGUUGACUGAGACUUUCAAGCACUGCCCGGGAAUCAAAGAGACAAAGUUUGACCAUGGCAGGAAACCGACGUACCGCAAACGACAGAAACGCUCAAGCAGCAGAAGAAACACGAUCGUAAUCUAGAUUUUCUGAAGACAUAAAGAAUGAAUCGACUUGACCUGUAACAGGACGUUUUAUGCGGCGUCGUUCUCAUCCGACGA